GCAGAAGCAGAGGCAGGAGAACGAGGAGGAGGAGGAGGAGGAGGAGGAGCCGUCGCAGGAUGAAGGAUCGGACUCAGGAGCUGCGGAGUGCGAAAGACAGUGAUGAUGAGGAGGAGGUGGUGCAUGUGGACCGGGACCACUUCAUGGAUGAGUUCUUUGAACAGGUGGAAGAGAUCCGGGGCUGCAUUGAGAAGCUGUCAGAGGAUGUGGAACAAGUGAAAAAGCAGCAUAGUGCUAUCCUGGCCGCCCCCAACCCGGAUGAGAAGACCAAACAGGAGCUGGAGGACCUCACUGCAGACAUCAAGAAGACAGCCAACAAGGUUCGAUCCAAGUUGAAAGCGAUCGAGCAAAGCAUUGAACAGGAGGAGGGGCUCAAUCGUUCCUCUGCGGACCUGCGCAUCCGCAAGACCCAGCACUCCACACUCUCCCGGAAGUUCGUGGAAGUAAUGACUGAAUAUAACGCGACCCAGUCCAAGUACCGGGACCGCUGCAAGGACCGGAUCCAGCGGCAGCUGGAGAUCACCGGAAGGACCACGACCAACGAAGAACUGGAAGACAUGCUGGAGAGUGGGAAGUUGGCAAUCUUCACGGAUGAUAUCAAAAUGGACUCGCAGAUGACGAAGCAGGCGCUGAACGAAAUCGAGACGAGGCACAACGAGAUCAUCAAACUGGAAACCAGCAUCCGCGAGCUGCACGACAUGUUUGUGGACAUGGCCAUGCUCGUGGAGAGCCAGGGCGAAAUGAUUGACCGCAUUGAGUACAAUGUGGAACAUUCCGUGGACUACGUGGAGCGAGCCGUGUCUGACACCAAGAAAGCUGUGAAAUAUCAGAGCAAGGCCCGGAGGAAGAAAAUCAUGAUUAUUAUUUGCUGUGUGGUGCUGGGGGUGGUCUUGGCGUCAUCCAUUGGGGGGACGCUGGGCUUGUAGACCCCCCACCCCUAUCCCUCCCCGACCCUUCCCCCACCACAUCGGGAGCAAUACCCCUACCACCCCUUCACUCCAUCCCCUGCUCCAGGCUCACCCUCAAGACAGACCCAGGCAGCCCCCCAACCUUUACCCGCCCGGCAGACCCUGGAGUCCCUGGACCUCCCCCUGCCAUGGACCACCCCCCGCCCCCGCACGUAGAUAGCAGCAGGCGUGAUUACACAUGCACACCAACAUGCAUGCCGCCGGCACAUGCUCGAGACGUGUGGACACCCCAGCGUGUGUGUGUGUGUGU